GGCGUUUCUUUUUAAAGAGGUGAGACCCCAGCACUCCGAGUUCUAUGAGGAGGCUUCCAAAACACUUGGCUGUAAGAUGUUACUCACAGCUCGGGCCAGUGAUUCCGGGGCCCUACAUCACAUCUGUCGGCACGUUGUAGCACCAUAGAUCUGGAGAGGCUGCCUUCACUUCUUUCUCCUUGCUACAUUUGCGUCGAUAGCUAAGAACUUGAUUUUACGGCCGAGGAUAUCCCGGAGAUUCCCCCAAGUGAGCUUCGAGUCACUGCAGUAGCUGCUCUUAGGAGACAUCACCCGCAGGUUACUAUGCAAUUUCGACUGAUUUCUGUGGUUCUAAUUUUAUUAAACUGUAUGGAAUACAUGGGCAGCCAAAACGCCUCCAGAGGAAGGCGACACAGACGAACCAACGCAAAUGUGAGCCAAAGUUGCCCAAAAGGGUGUGAUCGAUGUUCUGAGUAUAAUGGAUGCCUGUCAUGUAAACCCAGACUCUUUUUCUUUCUGGAAAGAAAUGGGAUGAGCCAGACCGGUGUCUGUCUUUCCUCCUGUCCAAGUGGAUAUUAUGGAAUCCGAACACCAGAAAUGAACAAAUGUACACGAUGCAGAGCUGACAACUGUGAUACAUGCUUCAAUAAAAAUUUCUGUACAAAGUGCAAACCAGGAUUCUACUUGCAUAGAGGAAGAUGCUUUGAUAUCUGCCCUGACGAGUUUAUUCCAAAUAACCAGACAAUGGAGUGUACUCCUGUUGUGCACUGUGAAGUAAGCGAGUGGAGCGCGUGGAGUCCCUGCACAAAGCGAGGGAAGACAUGUGGUUUCCGGAGAGGCAGUGAGACUAGGAAACGAGACAUUGUGCAGUUUCCUUCAGCACAUGGCAAUCCCUGUCCAAAAAUCACUGAGUCAAGAAAAUGUACUGUGCAGAAAAAACGAUGCCCAACAGGUGAAAAAGGAAAUAAAGGCAAAGAGAAGAAUAAGAAAUCAAGAAAAGAAGGCAACAAAGAAGCAAAGCAAGGCAAACAAGCUAAAAAUAGGGGCAAAGAAAAUAAAAAUAACAGAGAAGGAGUAAGGAAAGAAAAGCCUGAAAACAAGAAACGAAGAGGGCAGAAUAAGAAACUGAUACCCACAACAGUGGGCACUGUUCACUAAAAGCCUCACUUGGUUGCUGAGAUUUCUGAUGCUGCUAUGUAUUAACAAGCUAACCUAUAGAGGUGCACUGUAUAACGGAUCCAGUGCUGGGUUCCUACUUUUAAUCCUUAUUCCUGACCUUCAUGGACACUGCUAAUCAUUUCAAGGACUACAGUUGAAGCCGAAAGUGUAGAUAUACCUAAGUUUAUACAACAUUAGGCAUAAUUAAUCCCUGCCCCACCGAAUAAAUUAGAAAUCCAGAUGGUUAGCACAACAAGUAAUGUGGCUAGCCCUUUAAGGGUUAAAAAAGAGCCAGCUAUGCUGAGAAAAAUUAUUCCAUGUUAAGGGAAGUCUUUAGCUUCAGUACUGGAGAUUCCUCAUCAAAUGUGAUAUGCAUUUGUGCAUGUUCUGGUUUCUGUAUAAAAUGACAAUAGGAUCCUUUUUUUCUUUAUUUCUUUUAAUUAUUAACAGAUUGCUGCCUUGUAAUAUACAGGAAUGUAAUAAAUGUCAUUUGAAGCCUGGAGAACCAACUGUUACCUUUCUUUUAAAGUAUUGUUUUUAAGUUUCUGUUUAUGACCUCUGUAAGAAACAGUGCACACACCCGAGCUAGUGUCAUUGUUGUCAACAGAUGCCACUAAACUGCUUAAAAGCACCUGUAUUUC